AUGAGCCGGACCAUGCGACCCAUCGAUGUUCUUUGCGAGGAGGAGCGGCUUCGAAGACUCUCCGAGCGGAUGGUCUACGACAGCAGCGACGGCGCCGAGCAUGCCCGUCAGAGGCGUGCCCGGACGCUUGUGGAGGAGAUGAGCCUUCUGGGGUCGCGGCUGCGAUCGAAGUCCAAUGAAGAUCGUCGCUUCGAUGCGGUCGAGGCCCUCGAAGCUGGUUUGGAGGCGAGAAGGAAGCUGAGCCAGGCCAGCCAGGCCAGCCAGGGUUUGCUGGCGAAGGAGUGCGCUUCAGUUCCAGCUUCGGCACCCGUCCCACAAGCGGCCGGCGAUCUGCAGUCGGAUCUCUCAGAUGCACUGGAGCGGGUCUCCGUUCGCUCUGUAGUGGGACUCCGAGGCUUGGUGGAGGUUCCCAGGCCAGUCGAGGCUGUGGUUGUCGCCGUUCUGCAACUUGUGAACUGCGACUAUGCUGGUGUUGAUCUGGAUCCCUCGCCUCCACCAACAACCUGGGAAGAAGCACGUCGAGUACUCUUAAAGCCCGGCCACUUUGUGAGUGCUUUGCGGAAGUUUCCCUUUGCAUUGCAGCGUGGGCAGAUAUUGGAGAGUGAGAUAGCACAAGCAGAGCAGGCCUGGAGCAACGUCCCCAGUGCAGGAGCAGGGCUUUCUCACGUUCAUGAGGCUGCUCUCCACUUGUAUGACUGGCUGACGAUUGCUUUAAACUUCGCCAAAAGCAUCGCCGAGAAAGCUGAGAGCGAGCGACUCCCGGCCUACCCUCGCUCUGAACCUGGCUCUCCAGACUGGAAGCAGCCCAUGCAGCCCAUCGCCCCUUCUGUCUCGAUCGCCCGGAAUUCAGAGCGGCCUCCUGAGCCACAAGGGCGCGAGAUGCGCGAGGUCCAGGUCCGCGACGCACGGAACGCAGCGAAAACGCAGAAGAGGUCACUAUCACCCAAACUACCACACAAGCCACCCACUGCUACGACAGCCACAAACGACUCAGCACGCAUCACUUGGUCAAAGACGUCAACUUCUUCGACGGGGUCGAUGAGUACCUCACCCGGCUCGUCGAGAUCGGGCUUUAGCGCGUCGUGGUCUGGGCUUGCAACUUGCAAGCCUACGCACACACGUUCCCGAGUGUCAGUCCCAGGUACGAGUCCACGGAGAAGCAGCCCUUCACCAACAUCCGGACUUUCAGCCGCCAAGCCGUCAUCCACGCGGAUCGCUGCGUCCUCUGCGAGAUCCCCACAGCCCCGCACAAGGCAAGUUAUGCGCAAGUCGACCUCGCCACAGCCAAAGCCAAAGGCCAAAGAUGAGGCAGAGGCUGGUCAGCCUCGCUCAACCGGCGACAUUGCACCCUUGAGUAGCAGCCAGAUCUCAUCGCUGAGCUCUGCGACUGGGUUGCCAACUCCAGAAGACUUUGCAGCGAUGCGAAGUCGGUUGGACCAGGAGAAGAGGGAGGUCAGGCAGAUCAAGUCUUUGGAGUCGCAGCUGAAGUGGGGCCUACAACGUGAAGAGCGACGGCAGACUGAGGAAGAACGGAGGGAAGAGGCCCGACUGAUCAUGGAAUGGAGAGAUCGUCAGGCCAAGGAGAUGAAAGAUUUUGUCGAGGAGAAGAGUCGAGAGCAGCGUGUGCAGGAGCUACUGCAAUCCAAGGAGUACCAGGUUUUCAAGCGUGAAUGGAAGCAAGCCACGCGGAAAGAUGAGAUCGAACAGAUCAAGGCUCAGCUGGCCGAAGGCAUGGACAACGCCCACUGGAAACUUGAGCUGCAGCGGGCAGUGGAGCUGGACCGCCAGCUCGCUUUGCAGGAAACCAUGGAGUCCCAGCAGGAGAUGAAGGAGUUACGAGAAAGGGAGCGACAACACGAAAAAACUGUGCAGCUACAGGACAGAGCACACGACCUUGCCUUGGAGUACGCACAUCAGGCUUCGCAGAUCUCCUCAGAGAAAGAGGAGUCGGGACGUUUGAAGGAAGAUUUAUUCUGCCAGCUUUAUGGAACAAGCUUGACUGUUUUUGUUCGUGGUGUCCUUGGUUCUUGGUGUUGUUGCUUGUUGGCAGCUCUUUGGUGCAGAUGGCUCGGUUGCUUAUCCUGCAUGACGCUUGCAGUACCGUUCUACUGA